AAGUGUUGGGCAGUUCGGCGGCUGAGGAGCUGCUGUGCAGGUGCGGUGGGAAUAACCUGUGGGCUUGCGUUGGAGGAGUCAGAGUUUCAGUUUGCCCGAGCGUUCUAGAGGCGCUGGGUCCUGCUUUCGUCCCGAGGAGGUCUCGAUCCGGAGAUAAGGUCUGACCCGGACCUCAGGAUAUUUUUCCAUGAUGUGAUGAUUCUUCAAGCCUAGGAGAAUGUGUCUAAUUCAAAUAAACUUUUGAUGUUUUCAAGCCGUGAUUACUGUUGUAACGAAUGCUAUUACAAUUACGCUGGAUAUGCUGCUGUUCUUUACUUUGGGAUUAUUCGUACAUUUUGUGUUCUUCGCCUCCAUCUUUGACAUUUAUUUUACAUCUCCUUUGGUUCAUGGAAUGACUCCUCGGUUUACAUCAUUACCUCCUCCAGCAAGAAGAUUAGUGCUCUUUGUUGCCGAUGGCCUGAGAGCAGAUACACUUUAUGAAUUAGAUGAAAAUGGAAACUCAAGAGCACCAUUUAUUAGGAAUAUUAUAAUGCAUGAAGGCAGCUGGGGUAUAUCUCAUACACAUGUGCCAACAGAAUCUCGGCCAGGGCAUGUAGCCCUGAUAGCUGGGUUUUAUGAAGAUGUCAGUGCAGUUGCCAAAGGGUGGAAGGAAAAUCCUGUAGAAUUUGAUUCUGUUUUUAAUGAAAGCAAGUAUACAUGGAGCUGGGGGAGCCCGGAUAUCUUGCCUAUGUUUGCCAAAGGUGCUAGUGGAGACCAUGUUUAUACAUACAGCUAUGAUGCUCACAGAGAGGAUUUUGGUGCUGAUGAUGCAACAAAACUGGAUACCUGGGUUUUUGAUAAUGUUAAGGAAUUUUUUCAUUCUGCCAGAAACAACCAGUCUUUGUUUGCUAAAAUAAAUGAAGAAAAAAUAGUGUUUUUCUUACACUUAUUAGGAAUAGAUACAAAUGGACAUGCUCACCGACCAUCAUCAAGGGAAUACAAGGAUAAUAUUAAAAUUGUCGAUGAUGGAGUGAAAGAGAUUGUGUCUAUGUUUAAAGAUUUUUAUGAAAAUGAUGAAAAAACAACAUUUAUCUUUACUUCAGACCAUGGAAUGACAGACUGGGGUUCCCAUGGGGCUGGUCAUCCUUCAGAAACUUUAACUCCUUUGGUAACAUGGGGAGCAGGAAUUAAGUAUCCCCAAAAAGUAUCAGCUCAGCAAUUUGAUGAUGAUUUUUUAAAAGAAUGGGGCCUGGAGAAAUGGAAGAGGAGAGAUGUCAAUCAGGCUGAUAUUGCACCAUUGAUGGCUUCCCUUGUUGGAGUCCCAUUUCCCCUUAAUUCAGUGGGAAUCCUUCCUAUGGAUUAUCUGAACAACACAGACCUCUUUAAAGCAGAGAGCAUAUUUACAAAUGCAGUGCAGAUACUUGAACAGUUCAAGGUGAAAAUGACUCAGAAAAAAGAAACUACUUUACCAUUUUUGUUUAUACCAUUUAAGCUACUUUCUGAUACUAAACAGAUGAACAUUUUAAGAAAAGCAAGAUCUUACAUGGAACAGGGAGAGUUUGAUGAAGCAAUCUCCCUUUGCAAGGAGCUGAUUCAUCUUGCACUGAAAGGAUUGUCCUAUUAUCACACUUAUGAUAGAUUCUUUUUGGCUACCAAUGUUGUUAUUGGCUUUGUGGGAUGGACAGUUUAUGCCUCUCUGUUGAUCAUCAAGUCUCAUUCCAGGCUAACAAGAUGUAUUAGUAAAGAAGUUAAGAAGCCAAGCCAUCUUCUGCCAUAUUUUGUAGCUGUUGGCACUUUAGUAGCAUUUUUCCUGCUGAUUCAAGCCUGUCCCUGGACUUACUAUGUAUACUGUUUGAUGCCAGUACCAAUAUGGUAUGCAGUUCUAAGAGAGUUUCAAGUUAUUCAAGAUCUUAUUGCAUCACUGUUGACCUUUUCUCUGAGCCAUUUUAUUGGGUACUUGUUGGUCUUUAUGUUGGGAAUUGAAAUAUUAAUUCUCAGUUUUUUCUACCGCUGUAUGCUUACAGCUGGACUCACUGCAUUUGCGGUUUGGCCAUUUCUAACUCAGCUGUGGACUCGUGCGAAGAUCACCUCCCUGAGUUGGACCUUCUUCUGUUUGCUUCUGGCAGUGUUCCCACUGAUGCCUGUCGUAGGUCGAAAGCCAGAUAUCUCUCUAGUAAUGGCUGCAGGUUUGCUGGUUCUUCUACUAUCCCUGUUUGUUGUGACAUCUCUUAUGAAAAGAAAAAUUAGCUUUGGAAAGGAAGAGUUAUUGAUAUAUCUGUUACAGAUGAUAAAUAUAGUGCUUUCCAUGUAUGUUGUGUACAGUACCAACAGUAGUCUACUCAAGAAAAAGGGAUUACCUCUUGUGAACCAAAUAGUGAGCUGGGCAACAUUAGCUUCUUCCUUGAUUGUGCCACUGCUGAGUUCUCCAGUUCUCUUCCAGCGAUUGUUUAGCAUACUUCUAUCCUUGAUGUCAACUUAUUUACUUCUAAGCACAGGGUAUGAAGCUCUCUUUCCAUUAGUUUUGUCAUGUUUGAUGUUUAUUUGGAUAUACAUGGAACAAGAAACACUACAACGAUCUGGUAUUUUCUCUAAACAGAAGCUCACCAGUGUCCAGUUCUCCUACAAUACUGACAUAUCUCAGUUUCGACAGCUAUAUCUGGAUGACAUCCGUAGGGCUUUUUUCCUUGUCUUCUUCUUAGUGACAGCAUUUUUUGGAACUGGAAAUAUAGCUUCUAUUAACAGCUUUGAUCUUGCCUCUGUCUACUGCUUUCUGACUGUAUUUAGUCCUUUUAUGAUGGGAGCCUUGAUGAUGUGGAAGAUUUUAAUUCCUUUUGUUCUUGUUAUGUGUGCUUUUGAAGCAGUUCAGUUGACUACACAAUUAUCAUCAAAAAGCCUUUUUCUCAUUGUUCUCAUCAUAUCAGACAUCAUGGCCUUGCAAUUUUUCUUCUUGAUCAAGGAUUAUGGCAGUUGGCUUGAUAUUGGAACAAGCAUCAGUCACUACGUGAUUGUCAUGUCCAUGGCCAUCUUUCUGGUGUUUCUCAACGGUCUGGCACAGCUGCUGACAACUAAGAAGCUCACACUGUAUGGCAAACCCAAAAGCCACCUCAUAUAGUGUUGCUGGAUCCAGCAUCUGGUUCCUGUUUAUCAUCCUCUUUCUAACUUAAAAUCUCAUCAAGAAUUCAAUAAGAAGAUGGAUAUAAGGGCCAGCCAGAUAGCUCAGCAGACUAAAGUACCUGCUUAGGCAGGUGCAGUGACAGGGGUUCGAUC